AUUAUUAUUAGAUUCCAUCAAACUAAACAUCUAACUUCUCAAAGUUAACGUGGCAUGAGAUAAAUGACUCUAGUUAUUUUCAAAUAUAUUUUUCAAGUAUGUACACAAGGACAAAGCAUAAAUUUUAAUCUCUUUGUUGUAAAUUCUUUCAUACACUAGAUGGGAAAAACAACAUUGUAUGUGACCGGCAUAUUCCAGCUAUAAUUAAUUUGGCUUUACGUUCGUCUUCAUUUCAAAAAGAAAUUUAACUAUUAAAUAUAUAUAAUUCCCUUUCAACCUUUGGUUUCUUACUUAUUAUAAAAGGAUCCAUUUGACUCAACUAUACACUCCUCUCCUUCGAAAGUUAAUAACAUUUAGAGAUUAUUAAUUAGUAUUAGGAAGCCAAAAUAAUAAGAAUGGGGGACAAUGAAAAGGCAAGAAUAACAAAGGCUAGAAUGGAGCUUGAAGAAUUGUACUCAGGAAUACCAGAUGAAUCAGUUGAUCUCACUUUUGAGGACCUAGCUAGCUUCAAUAACUCACCACAAAAUAAAAACCCCACCACUUCUACUACUAAUAAACUACUCCAACCAACCACUUCCAAAGUAAACUCAUCAUCAUCAGUUUCUGAUCAAAAACAGCCCCAUCUAAAGAAGAUCCCAAGUCUUGAUUUCAGCAAAGCCCUUCAAGCCUCCAUAGAUAAUCAUCGUCAUCACUACCCUCUCCUUCAGAUAAAAGAGAACGACGUUAUUCACCCCUUCAGUGCUACUAAAACUAGUAACAAACAUGGUCAAGGCCAUGUUGAUGUAGUGAAUGGUCGUCAUGGAUACAUUAAUGGUGGUGGUGAUCAUCGUCGUGGCCAAAACUCGUCGUUUAUUGCUGAGUCGGGAUUCAGGCAAGCGGUGGAGAUGAGUAGCAUGGCUCGUGAUUAUGAUGUGAGCAUGGCUUCUACAUAUCAAGAUAGACCAGGUGCUACUGGGAGACGAAGACCUGGGAUUCCUCAUUCUAAAAUUUGUGCCGUUUGUUCUACUUAUAUCUACAUUUUUCGCCAUCGUUGCUUAGUUUGUGGAAGAGUCUAUUGCAGGCAAUGCGUAAAGUUAGGCAUGGGAGAAAUGACGGAAGGGAGGAAGUGUAUUCAGUGUUUGGGUAAAAAAUUUAGCCAAAGGUACAUUCAGAGAGCAGGGGAGACAGGAUGUUGCUGUUCAAGGUAUCCGACUGUGAUGAGGCAAGCAGAGCUCAAAUGGGCCGAGAAAGGGCCCAGAAGACACAGCGAAAGAGCGCUUGGACGCAGUGCAAUGAUGUCGGCCACCAUGAUGGCUUCAAUGUCAAAAGGCCCAAUAUCACCAAGGACCCCAAAUGGGCUUCAUGCCUCCAGUGAGCCCAAUUCCUUUGUCAUGACCCCAUCAUACUCCACCUAUUCUCCUGCUCAACACCAUUACCCCUUUUAGAGAACAUAUUUUAAUCUACCAAUAAUAUUCCUCUUUUUUGCUUAUAUAGUAUUCAACAUCAAUCACACGUUUUACUUACCUUUAACGUUGGUCCUAUUUUUCCCUAAAAAAAAAUGUUGGUCCUAUUUGUCUUUUCUUCUUACAAUAAUCAUGACGCUUCAUUCCAAUCUUAUCAAUAUUAAAUUUCAUUUAUUUAAUUUUU